UUAAAAAAGACAACCUUGUCAUAAUAUUUAUUUUGUGGAUGGUACAAAUUCGAUUUUUCGAGAAACUCACUGCGUAUUUUAAGAUGUCGGAGGUGCAAAAAAUUGUAUGCACAGAGAAUGCUCUUAAGAUUCUUUAUCCAUAGCGUACUAUUUUAUAAUUCGACAGUUUCAAUUUUACAAUUGUGAUAUAGUACUACGUAUAUGUGGCUGGCGUUCGGUUACGAGUGGAAGAGGGUAUGUUCUUAUGGGGUAGUAGGAAGGCGGUAGCCUUUGCCGGGGAAUGGAGACGGAGAGUGUAAAAUCGGGGGCUAGCGAGCAUAGCCAUAGCCAUCAUAGCAGGACUUCUCAAAAACACCAUCGGACUCAUAGUUCGAAAUCUCAUCACAGACAACAUUCGCAUCGAAGUACCCGGACCAGUCGUAGUCAGAGGAAAGAGAGGCAUAAUUUGGAUACUAGCGAGAUGGCUCCCUUUCAAACAACUGUUAAUGUAAGAGGCGAUAGUGUUGAUAAUUUGGGUCAAGAAGUUAUUGAAGUACAGAUCUUGCCUCAGGAUGAAAAUUGGGGUGAAAAUACCACAGCUGUUACUGGAAAUACUUCCGAUAGAUCGGAGUCAACUGAAGAUGUGAGCCAUUGGCCAAAUGAAAAUGAUGGAUCAUUUAGUUCCUGUAAUCGGUUUGUGGGUCCUGUUAUAGCAAUGAUAAUCGGACUAAGCGCCUUUCUUAGCCCUAUAGCUAUGGUCAUACUGCCUAAAUUAGGAUUUUUUCCUGACUCUACAACAGUUUUAACAAUGCAACAAAAACUACAGUUGUUGUCGUGUAAUGCAGAAUGCAAAGGCCAAUUGCUAGGUUUAGCCUUUAAACUGGUGCUACUAGGUAUUGGGAGUUGGGCUGUGUUUUUACGUUCACGAAAUGCUACUAUGCCUCGUAUAUUUUUAUUCAGAACUGGAGUGUUACUUCUUACUACAUUGUGCAUUAGUACUUAUUGGCUAUUUUAUGUUGUUCAGGUCACUGAGAGUGCUAAGACUGCUGCUAAUGGUGAAAUAACAGAGUACAAAAAUUUAGUAAAUUAUGCUGGUACUCUUGCAGAUACUCUAUUGUUCAUACAUUAUAUUGCUAUAUUACUCAUUGAAAUCCGUCAUCAACAACCUGUGUUUUAUCUGAAAGUUGUAAGAUCACCGGAUGGUGAAUCGCGAUCUUACGCAAUUGGACAAUUGUCGAUACAACGGGCAGCAGUAUGGGUUUUAGAGAGGUAUUAUACAGAAUUUCCUAUCUAUAAUCCGUACUUGGAAAGACUGCCUGUAUCAAAGUCUGGUAGAAAACAAUCGAGCUUCAAAUUUUACGAAGUUGAUGGAGGAGUAACAAGUGGCGUUCAAUCACGAGGAGGUAGCGGUGAUAGAGCAGUUAUAACUACGCAAACUCGUCGUAGGGAUUCUAGCCAUAAUGAACGUUUUUAUGAAGAACAUGAUUACGAACGUAGAGUAAGAAAGCGCAGAGCGAGAUUAAUCACUGCUGCCGAAGAAGCAUUUGCACACAUUAAACGUUUACAUUCAGAAGUGGAAUCAACUCCAAAUCCUGGUCCCAUGGAUCCUAUGGAAGCUGCACAAGCAGUAUUUCCGUCUAUGGCAAGAGCACUACAAAAGUAUCUGAGAGUGACACGACAACAACCGCGUCAUUCUGUUGAAUCUAUUUUAAAUCGAUUAGCACGGUGUUUGGCACAAGACGCAGCGCCACGUGCAUUUUUGGAACCCUUUUUUGUAACUAGCCCUGUUCUUUCAAAUGAGAAGGAGAGACAAAAACAUUCGCAUCAUUGGGCCUUAGUCUGCGAGGGAGAAUUACCUUCACGAUCUCUUGCUAACGGUUGCGAAUUUCAAUUAAGGCAAGGUGAAGUAGCCCUUUUAUGUACAGCAUACCAUUUACCACAUUUCCAUCUUACAGAACAACUUGCACAUCCGAAAUCUAAUAAAUUCCUAUUAAGAUUAAAUUCUGAAACAUCGGUCUAG